AACCAGAAACACCUGCAGAUAAGACUUGCUACUAUGUGCUCAUGGGUGGUGGGCUGGACAUACAAAUGAUAACUAAUAUAAUAAGAGACAAGCAGCAAAGAAGCUUGUCAGACCACUGAAACAAAAUGGAGAAGAAAACUGAAGGAACUCUAGCAAUCAUACUCUUUGCUUUAAUACACGGGUUUCUGGCUUCUGCUGCUGUGGAGGUCCAGCCCUCUGUCAACCCUGCUGUAGUUGGGGACACAAUAACCCUGUCCUUGUCUGGCUUAUCAGUUCUAAAGAGUGGAAGCUGGGCAGUGGGAGAGUCCCUCAUCCUCACCUGGAUGGGGGACCAGCAGGCAGUUUUCCCCAGCCACACCGGCAGAGCGUCAGUCAACGUCACCACUGGAGCUCUCACUCUGAGCUCGGUCACUGUGGCCGACUCGGGAGUCUACGUGGUGCAGAGCUCUGACCCCCAGCUGAAGGCCGACGCUACCAUCACAGUUCUGGAACUUAUUUCUAAUGUGUCGCUCAGUGUGAAUCAGACCGACUUGAUGGAGUUCAACAGCUCAGCAGUUGUUAAGUGCUCUGUCUCCUCUGGAUCCUCGCUGUCUUUCCUGUGGUUGAACAGAAGCUCUGAGGUUACAGCCAGUGACAGAGUUCAGCUCACUGAUGCAAACUCCACCCUCACUAUAGUCAGCGUGAGCCGUUACGACCAAGGGCCGUUCAGAUGUCUUGUGUUCAAUCCUGUCAGCAAUGCCUCCAGUGAUCCAGUAAACUUAACCACCAUCUAUGGCCCAGACAACAUGGCUGUCACAGUGAAUGGACAGCACAUGACCUCCUUCUUGGUUGGAUCAAAUCUGAGCAUGCUCUGUUCAGCGCAGUCCAAUCCUCCGGCUCAGCUUCACUGGGCUUUCAGAGGAGAGCUGGUGAAUGGGACAGGUCCACUGUUGCAGCUGUUAGGUGUCACAGAGGAACAAAGUGGUCCAUAUUCUUGUCAGGCCUUCAACAAUCACACUAACGUGCACGACAACAUCACCACACACAUCAUGAUAACAAAUUCUUCCCCGUCAGGAUCUGAAAAGCAAGUGAUGUGGCUCCUUCCUCUGCUAUCAUAUGUUGGAUUCCUCCUCUCUUCACAAGGCAAGAUGAACAACAGCUUGAAACCAGACGUGUGCCUGCCAAAUAUAUCUAUAAAAGUCUAUUGUUGCACUGUGACCUUUGGGGAUGUGCACUGCAAUCACAUCUACGCCUCUGAAAACCCCCUGCCAGUGGGCAGCAACGUGACACUUUCCAGCACACAAGUUGUCAAUUCAGGGAUAUGGAUAUUCAACAACCGCAUGAUUGUGUUCAUAAGUUCUGGAACCUAUUCAAUCAUUGAUGCUCGGAACAAUAGGACGACGUUUGAUGUAAAUACCUCAUCACUGACUUUGACGUCAGUAACGCUUGAAGAUUCUGGACGUUACACAUUACAGGACUUAUCUGGUUUUACCGGUGAAUUAACGCUGUCUGUUCAAGUGCCGGUAUCAAACGUGACCCUCCAAGCAAAAGCAAUCAACUUGGUGGAAUUCAAUGACACUGCCGUUUUCAUGUGUUCUGUGUCCAACGGCACCUCCCUGUCUUAUGCGUGGCUCAAGGGAAACUCCACACUCACAGCUGGUGAGAACAUACAGACCAGCAAUGAUGGCGCCAUUCUCACUAUCGUCAACGUGAGCCGCCAUUACCAGGGACCAUUCAGAUGUAAUGUGUCCAACGGUAUCAGCUAUGAAAUCAGCCAACCAGUCCACCUGAACAUCAGCUAUGGUCCAAGUAACCCAAUGAUGAUGAUAAUGCCCAUGAUGUAUACGUACGAAACAGGAUCUAACCUCACUCUGUCGUGCUCAGCGGAGUCCAGCCCUGAGCCAAUGAUCCAGUGGAUGGUUAAUGGAGUGUACCUAAAUCACUUUGGCCCACAGCUUCAACUAGAGAAUGUUUCACCGAACAACACGGGAAAUUACACAUGCCUAUUUCACAACACAGUCACAGCCAGGUUCAGCAAAGCAACUCAGAUGAUUCGGGUACUGGAUCCAAUAACAUCAGUUGUGGUGAAUUAUAUUGGCCGUCCGGCUAUUCUCAAUGAAUCGUUCACUCUGCACUGUGAAGUGACUGGAACAGCUGAGAGCAUAAAGUGGUGGAAGGAUGGCCACAUUAUUACCGCUGACAGUACAGCAGCGUUUGGCAUGGACAACAAGACACUGACUCUCAACCCUGUGCAACAUUCAGAUAAUGGAAGUUAUCAGUGCCAAGCUUUUAACUUUGUGAGCAACAAGACCAGCAACCCUCACAACGUGGAAGUUAACUAUGGACCAGAGAUGCCAACCAUCGAGGGGCUGAGUGUGGUGAAAUCAGGAGACAAUGUCACUUUCAGCUGUCACUCAGCAUCUGUCCCCCCCAGCCACUACAAAUGGUACUUCAACCAAUCUCUGGUCUCCAAUAUGUCGGAGUAUGUCACACCUCCUCUUACCACAGACAUGAGCGGGAAAUACAUCUGCAUGGCCUUCAACAGCAUCACCGGCAAAAACAGCUCUGCCUACAAAAUGCUUACUGUUGUUGACCCAAUACAAAAUGUGCAAGUCGAAGCGCCAAUGAAUCCUGCCAGUGAGGGUGAUUCAUAUAAUUUAAUGUGCAAUGUAACUGGACCUGCUGAUAACAUUUACUGGAUGAGGGACGAUGAGCCUCUUCAUGAAAACGACAGAACUGUCUUCUACAUGAAUAACAAGACAGUUCAAUUCAAAGCAGUGGGACGUAAUGAUACGGGAAUCUACCAGUGUGAGGCUAUCAAUGCUGUUGGAAAUAUGACCAGCCCUCCUUACAAUCUGAUUGUCAACUUUGGACCAGAUACGCCUGUCAUUAAUGGGCCGGAUUUUGUUGAGACCGGAAAUUGCGCCACCUUCAGCUGUUCCGCCACGUCGAGGCCUCCCAGCUGCUUCUCCUGGUGGUUCAAUGGCUCCAUGGUGGCCAAUACUUCAGUUUUUACAACUGACCUUCUGUCUUUAAACAUGAGUGGGGAGUACACCUGUAUGGCCUACAAUAACAUGACAGGAAAGAACAGCACAGCAUCCAAAAUGCUCACAGUCAUUGAGGCCAUAGAGUCAGUGAUGGUUGAAAGCAGCUCAAUUCCAAUUAACUAUGAAAACUUCACUCUUGUCUGUGACGUCAUGGGGCCCUAUGACACGAUCUACUGGAUGAAGAACAACAUGACGCUCAACAUGAUGCUCAACAUGACGCUCAACAUGACGCUCAACAUGACCCACCCACACAUGUCCUACCACACUGCUGAAAACAUGCUACACUUCACCCCGGUGACAAUGUACAGUGACGGGGUGUAUCAGUGUGUCGCUAAAAAUCAGGCUGCUCAGCACGAGAGCCCCCCAUACAACCUCGAAGUCAACUAUGGCCCUCUGAGUGUGAAUAUCUCCGGUCCAGACUCAGCUGAAAAGGGCACCGUGGUCUCCCUGACGUGCUCUGCUGAAUCUCGGCCAGAGUGUGACUUCUACUGGUUCUUAAACAAUCAGUCAGCACAUGUUCAAACAGGAUCUGUUUUCACGUUCUCUGCGGACAAACAACAUGAGGGGACCUACACAUGUAAGGCAAGAAACCCCAUGACCAACAUGACAAUGCAUCAAAUGAAGACUUUUACUUUGGCAGUGAGAGAUCAUGCCUCUGCAAUCCACUUCCCAUCCCACGUCAGCCUGAUGUUGAUGGGUCUGUUUGCAUUAUCUGCCCCAGUGCUGUUCAACUGAGCCGACCACACAGAGAAGCCCAGACACUCUGAAAGUCCUCUUGCUCCCUCUACAGUCUUUGACAAUAAUCUCAUGGGAAAAUACGUCAUAGCCGUAGUGUAAUAAUGGCACUAACGGUGCUGAGCUAAUUAUUCAAUUAUAGCACUGACUGAUUAAGGAUUUUUAAAGUUAUCAUACCAUACCCCUCUGCUACAAAUCAAAUUCCUUAAUUCUGAACACCUUCAGUUUUAUUCUGUAAAUCAUGCUGAAAUCAGAGCGUGCGUAAAGUAAAUGUACUCAUACUUUGAUUCACUGUAAUUAUUUAUUAAUCAAUAAUAAAAAAAAAAAAAAUCUGUUGAGACUUUAUUGAGAAGGAUGCAAAUGCAGGUCUAUUGGUG